AUGAUUGACCCAAUUGAUAAAAUUAUUGAAGAAACAUUUGUUUAUAAAAUUGACAUGCUUCAUAAUCUUUCUUUAUCAUCGAAUGCUUCAAUGAUUCGUUACGCUUUAGCAUAUAAAGACUUUAAUCCUAAUGAAAAAUAUCCUGAGGAAGAGAUAGAAUCAAGUUUUGAAUUAACGAAAAAGUAUUGGAAAUAUAAAAUUGAAUCAUAUAAGAAACAAGAUGAAAAAGCAGAAAGGGAUACUAAAAAUAAUGUUUCAAUGGAUGAUUUUCAAUACUAUCACGAUUUAAUCCUUUCAUCUAAAUGCAAAAUGUGUGGUAAAGCGUUUACAUAUGCAAAUAAACCAUCAUUGGAUAGAAUCGAUAAUGAAAAACCACAUACCAAAGAAAAUUGUCAGUUAAUGUGUUGUUAUUGCAAUGUCGUAAAAUCAAAUAAAGAUGAAGAUGUUCAACGUUUAAGAAUCAAUUUAAGAAAUUAUGCAUUAAAAAAUAAUUUACCAAUGACUUUAGAUUCAGUUGAAGCUUAUCACAUUCUCCGUAAUGGAAUUACUGGUGGUUUAUCAAAUGUUCAACAUCGUGUUAAUCUUAAAGGAAUCACGCACAUUAAUAAACUUUCAUAUAAUCCAGAAACUAAAACUGUAUCAAAUGAGGACACCACCAACAUUAUGACUCAUUUCGUUGGAGUUGACUUUAAUUCAUUAUAUCCUUCAUCAUUUUCAUCUAAUCCUCAUGAUUUCAUUCAAUAUACUGACCAUAAAAUGUGUAUGCCGGGAAGAUUGAAUGGUGUUAUCAUUUGUGAUACAGCAACAAAGAAAGCAAAAGCAUUGGGAAUUAUUAGAAAGAAAAAUACUUUAUUCGUGGCUGA